AUGAUCAUUACUCGCUCUGUCUCGCGCGUUGCCAACAAGGCCGGCCGCCUUGCUCGCAGCUCCAACCUCCGCAAGUACGCCACUGAGGCUGCUGCCAAGACCGUCGCCGCCGGCCAGGUUCGUCAGGUUAUUGGACAACCUCCUCCCAUCCUGAACGCCCUCGAGCUCUUCAACAAUGGCACCCGCCUUGUUCUUGAAGUCGCUCAGCAUCUCGGUGAGAACACCGUCCGCACCAUUGCCAUGGACGGUACCGAGGGUCUUGUGCGUGGCCAGCCCGUCACUGACACCGGCUACCCCAUCCGCGUGCCCGUCGGCCCCGAGUGCCUCGGCCGCAUCAUGAACGUUAUUGGCGAGCCCGUCGAUGAGCGUGGUCCCAUUAACGCCAAGAAGAUCGCUUCGAUUCACGCGUCUCCCCCGGAGUUUGUUCUCGAGACCGGUAUCAAGGUCGUCGAUCUGCUCGCGCCCUACGCUCAUCGGUCUGUUGGCGGUGCUGGUGUCGGCAAGACUGUGUUUAUCCAGGAGCUGAUCAACAACGUUGCCAAGGCCCACGGUGGUUACUCCGUGUUUGCCGGUGUCGGUGAGCGCACCCGUGAGGGUAACGAUCUGUACCACGAGAUGAUUGCCACCGGUGUUAUCAAGCUGGACGGUCUGUCCAAGGCUGCUUUGGUCUACGGCCAGAUGAACGAGCCCCCAGGUGCCCGUGCCCGUGUCGCUCUGACCGGUCUUACCGUCGCCGAGUACUUCCGUGACGAGGAGGGCCAGGAUGCCGGUUCCGAGGUUUCGGCCCUGCUCGGCCGUAUUCCCUCCGCCGUCGGUUACCAGCCCACUCUGGCCACCGAUAUGGGUGUCAUGCAGGAGCGCAUUACCACCACCAAGAAGGGCUCGAUCACUUCCGUCCAGGCCAUUUACGUGCCGGCUGAUGAUCUGACUGAUCCCGCGCCCGCCACGACUUUUGCGCAUCUCGACGCCACCACCGUCCUGUCGCGUUCGAUUUCCGAACUGGGUAUCUACCCCGCUGUCGACCCUCUGGACUCCAAGUCGCGCAUGCUUGACCCCCGCAUUGUCGGUGAUGAGCAUUACAACAUUGCCACCGGUGUCCAGCGCAUUCUGCAGUCGUACAAGUCGCUCCAGGAUAUUAUUGCCAUUCUCGGUAUGGAUGAGCUGUCCGAGGAGGACAAGCUUACCGUCGAGCAUCAGCGCUUCAUGUCCCAGCCGUUCUCGGUUGCCACUAUUUUCACUGGCUUCGAGGGCAAGCUGGUCCCCCUGAAGGAGACCAUCCGCUCGUUCAAGGAGAUCCUUGAGGCAAGCACGACAUUCUGCCCGAGUCCGCUUUCUACAUGGCGGUGA